UCCCCCUCCUCGUCCUCCCCUCAGGGGCGGCGGCUGCGGAGGGAGGGAGGCCGGCCGGCCGGCGGGCAGGCAGCGAGUGUCGCGCAGGCCCGGUUGCCCGCGGGGCCCCGCAGCCCGUGGACCUCGCGGCCCCCAGGAGCAGGACGAAUGUAUGACAACAUGUCCACGAUGGUGUAUCUAAAGGAAGACAAGUUGGAGAAGCUGACGCAAGAUGAAAUUAUUUCGAAGACAAAGCAAGUUAUUCAGGGACUGGAGGCGCUGAAGAAUGAACACAAUUCCAUCUUGCAGAGUUUACUCGAAACCCUCAAGUGUUUGAAGAAAGAUGACGAAAGUAAUCUGGUGGAAGAGAAAUCAAACAUGAUUCGGAAAUCGCUGGAAAUGCUGGAGCUUGGACUGAGCGAGGCACAGGUAAUGAUGGCUUUGUCAAAUCAUCUAAAUGCCGUUGAAUCGGAGAAACAGAAGUUGCGUGCUCAGGUGCGCCGAUUGUGCCAGGAAAAUCAGUGGCUGCGGGACGAGUUAGCUAACACACAACAAAAAUUACAAAAGAGCGAACAGUCCGUGGCCCAGUUGGAGGAAGAAAAGAAACAUCUGGAAUUCAUGAAUCAGUUGAAAAAAUAUGACGACGAUAUUUCUCCAUCAGAGGACAAAGACACUGAUUCUACCAAAGAACCUCUGGAUGACCUCUUCCCUAAUGACGAAGAUGAUCAAGGACAAGGAAUCCAACAGCAGCAUAGCAGUGCAGCGGCCGCUGCCCAGCAAGGUGGCUAUGAAAUUCCUGCCAGAUUACGGACCCUUCAUAAUCUCGUCAUCCAGUACGCUUCCCAGGGUCGCUAUGAGGUUGCCGUACCUCUCUGCAAACAAGCCCUGGAAGACCUAGAGAAGACUUCCGGACACGAUCACCCGGACGUGGCCACGAUGCUGAAUAUACUGGCCUUGGUGUACAGGGAUCAGAACAAGUACAAAGACGCAGCUAACCUACUGAAUGACGCCUUGGCCAUUCGUGAAAAGACACUGGGCAAAGAUCACCCAGCGGUGGCCGCAACACUGAAUAAUCUUGCAGUUCUCUAUGGUAAAAGAGGGAAGUACAAGGAAGCUGAGCCUUUGUGUAAGAGAGCUCUGGAGAUCAGAGAAAAGGUUUUGGGGAAGGAUCACCCGGAUGUUGCCAAGCAGUUAAAUAACUUGGCCUUAUUAUGCCAGAAUCAAGGCAAAUAUGAGGAGGUGGAAUAUUAUUAUCAACGAGCACUUGAGAUCUACCAAACCAAACUGGGACCUGAUGACCCUAAUGUGGCGAAGACGAAAAAUAAUCUGGCAUCCUGCUAUUUGAAACAAGGCAAAUUUAAACAAGCGGAAACUCUGUAUAAGGAGAUCCUAACUCGUGCGCAUGAAAGGGAAUUUGGCUCUGUAGAUGAUGAGAACAAACCCAUUUGGAUGCACGCCGAAGAGCGAGAAGAGUGCAAAGGAAAGCAGAAGGAUGGAACGUCUUUUGGAGAAUACGGUGGUUGGUACAAAGCCUGCAAAGUUGACAGUCCAACGGUGACAACUACUUUAAAGAACCUUGGGGCACUUUACAGGCGCCAAGGCAAGUUUGAGGCGGCUGAAACGUUAGAGGAAGCGGCAAUGAGGUCUCGCAAACAGGGUCUCGACAAUGCUCACAAACAGAGAGUGGCUGAGGUGCUGAACGACCCUGAGAGCAUCGAGAAAAGGCGGAGCCGAGAGAGCCUCAACGUUGACGUGGUAAAGUACGAGAGUGGCCCUGACGGAGGAGAGGAAGUGAGUAUGAGCGUAGAGUGGAACGGGGAUGGCACUGGAUCUUUAAAACGCAGUGGUUCCUUUAGCAAACUCCGGGCUUCCAUUAGACGCAGCAGUGAGAAGCUGGUUAGAAAGCUGAAGGGAGGAAGUUCACGAGAGAGUGAACCCAAGAAUCCUGGCAUGAAGCGUGCCAGUUCUCUGAAUGUUCUUAACAUGGGCGGCAAGGCUGCUGAAGACCCUUUUCAAGAACGAAAUAAAUGUCUGACAGACUCGAGAGUCCUGAGUGCCAGUCAAACUGACUUGGCUCACUAGGGCUCUUGGAGAGACGCUAGCUAAAACCGUCUGCCAACGCAGCGCCCUGAGCCUCUCGCCCUCCAGUUCCUCAUCCUGGGGAGGAACGGCAUUCUAGACUCCUGAGCACUGGACGGCCAUUUUUCCUUUUCAGACCAGCGCAUUUUUAGUUCUAGUAGUAGUCCGUAGCGUCUUUCCUUAAAGAGAUUCCCUCUUUGAGUUGCUCUUCACCAGGCCGGCUGCUCUCCGCGCUGCUCCCACUGAAACCCGAACUAACCGAUCUGAGUAGCGAAGACCCGCAGAAGUCUCUAGCCAACAUUUAAAAACUACCCAGUCCCCGAGGAACAGCACGGGGGUCUAGAUUUCCCACCCGCCGCAGCCCAGAUGGAAAAGACGCGCCGUAAAUGGACGCGGGGGCUCUCCAGAGGACAGUUUGAGCGACGGGAGCUCUCUGCCGCGGACGGUUACGGUCCUUGAAACGCUCGUCGGUGCGGCUUCCGUCCCCCGCUUCUCAAAUGAAAUGAGUCCCGUGUGUUCGUUGGGUAUGAGAGAGUGUAGACCAUGGUGCCUCGUGACCGGCAUGGGGAUAUCCAGAGGCGGAGUUUGGAGGGAUGAGGGCAUUAUGGAGACCCUCGGGAGCAACCCAGAUACGUGGAGCUAAGAUUCGGCACCAUAUCCUGAGAGAGAGAGAGAUUGCAGUUUGCCACUUCGUCUUUUCUCUUUACAGAAAUCCUUAAUCUGACGUCCUGUAAACCGCAGAUGGCCAGAAUGGCAGUUACAAAACAGAAAAUCGAAAGACUACUGUCUUUAUCAGCAAGCCGAAACCCUGAAGCUUAGCAGCAUCUCAUUUGAUGAGGGCUAGGAUAAAAAGGAAAAAAAAAAAAGGCUUGGCUUUCAAUAGUGAUAGAGGGAAUGGAUUAUAAACAGCCUCAUUGUGACUUUUUGCAAAUUUUUUUCAUUUAGACUCCUUGUAGUUCAGUGAUGUAGCCAGAGACUUAUAAACUGCACUUGAAAUCUGUUUACUAAGGUGGCUUCUAAAAAAAAAAAAAAGUGGUUGGGGUUGGUCGUGUAGCGUAGAGCUGUUCUAGGCCCCGCUAAAAAUGAUACUGCUGCUAAUAUGUGGUUUAUUUUUUAGGGUAGAGUAGAGCACUUUAUUGAUGAGAGCCCCAAGAGAGCAACUUAUUUUUAGUUUACAAGUAUGCUAAUUUUUUCAAGAGUUAACUGGUGUUAACUCUUUUAAUAGUUAAACUAAAAUAGUGUUAACACUAUUUGAACCUCACAUAAACGGUCUCACCUUGUUAUUCAAAGAUAUGUUCAUGGGUAUAUGUGCGUAUGUGUGUGUAUGUGUAUAUAUAUAUACAUACAGACACACACACAUAUAUAUAUAUAUUGUUAGACAUAUACACACCCAGACAUACUAAAUAGGUAAGACAUAAGCUGUUUAUCUUGUAAAAGUGAAUUCCAUGGAAAUGUUGCUAUUGAAACAGGAAGGUCAACAUUGGCGGUGGUCAUUAAUUUUCGAUUCCAGCAGUCAUCUCAGAGGAUGACAAUCUUGUCCAGAUCUCUUCGCUACUUCUCACAGACCUGGAGCUCCGAUUCCCACUAGAUUUUGGCUUCAAAGUCUUUGGGGGCCCCAGACCCAGUGUUUCAGAAGAGGGAAAGGGGAACUGGGUUCCCCUAGACUGACUGGGUCUCCGCUGGAAAUUAUCCAGGCAUUUCUCACGUGCACAGUCACUGUUAAUCCUAAUAGGAACGAAGCACUUGUAGAAGGCACUUUGGGACCGACACGCCGGAAAAGCACCUGGGGCAGGAGUCGACGGCCGGCAGAGGAGGACGGGGAGUGGAAUGAGUUCCCAAGGGGCCCGGCACAGAGCAGCCAGGGCAUCCCUGGUGGAAAACAGACAGAGGAGGGAGGGCCCUAUUUCUGGUGCUUGCUUGGCAGCCCGUAUGGAUGCCGGAGGUUUAAACCCGUGAUGCCAGCACCCGACAGACGCCGCAACUAACCGGCAUUCUGCCGAAUCUUCCCAGAUUCCUGUCCCACCUCCUAGCGACUGAUGGAGCCUGCCCAGUUAUCCCGCCUCCCGACGGAAGCCACCCACAGAGCAGAGCCACAGCGGGAGGCGUACGGUCACCGAGCCGAGGCCCGUUCUCCAGAGAAUCGACCCGCUAAAGGGAAUCUGGGACCCAACGGGUCACCUGGCUGGCUUUGACUAAAGGCUCUGGGAAGGUUUUUUUUUUUAAUUAUUACGUAAAUAAUUUUGACAGUGGUUGGGGUGACCGUAGAGGGCUGGAAAAGCAGAGCUGCCAGCCAGGUUAGCUGAGAAGGGGUGGGGAUCGGAUUGGGGUGUCUGAUAUCCGAUAGGGUUGAGUUAUUGUAAGUGGUUUUGGCAACUAUAGGUCAGGAAGCUACUAAGAGUAUUUCGUCAUAGGUCAAUUUGUAUAGGAAUAUUGGUAGGUCUUAACGACUAACGUUUACAGCUUGGGAGGACAGAGAUGUUUCACACUGUACGCAUGUGUCAGAAACUAGCUUAGGCGUGAGGUGACUGUAAAACUUUGCACUUACUUUCAAUGCACAAACACCUUUGAGAACGAGCGAUAAUGUGCACUAGAACCUUUGAAAGGCAGGGAGACUUGCUCUGCCCCCCAACCCAGGCAAAAAAGGCGAAGGUGAGGGGGCUGAAGUCCAGUCUAUAGGAGGUUUGUAGGGAGGGAGUGGGCUAAAUUUGCCCAACUUCCAUUCAGUCUCUAGCAUCUCCUCCCUCCAAGAAGAGUGUUUUUGGGGGCCCGACAGGGAGACUCAAGCAGAAAUACAGGCUAGCAUAUUGUGCCUCCAUCCCUAUUAGCCAGGACGGGAGGUUAUUCAGUAACAAAUGCAUAAAUUUACCUGUGUUAGUGUUCAAGUCUAAUAUUCCUUAGACUCUUAAGUGUUGGUAGAAAUUUUUUUUUUUUGUUCAUCUCUUGUAAGAUAGGUAGCAAACCCCACAGUGAACGGCCAGAGAGUAAACUGGUCUCCUGUUAAAAAAACGGAGGCAGCUUUUCCUGUCUGCACUUUCCUCUAUCAGCCGUGUCAAAGCUGAGCGUUACCGUUUUGUGCUGUGCAGUACGUGUUCCGUGUUUCCAGAUGCCGCCGUAGAUGUCCACUAACUUCGUAAUGUGUUGGCAAGGUGGUUUAUCUGUGAGCUUUUGAACCCACUUGCCUGAGUAACCAAUUCGCAGUUCUUGGUGCAUUGCAAAAAAUAAACUGAUUUGGUUUUCUACA